AAACCAGUCAAAGGCCAGUAGAAACGGAAGGGUGGUAUUUUCCUUUAAGGGAUUCUGAAAACUUAUUUUACGCAACUGGCCAUGGCCCAAAAAGAAGAGGAAAGAAAGCAUGCUUUAAUUGCACUAAAUAAAGAAUGCAGCUUAAGUGAGUUGUGAGGUAAUUGCACUAACACAAAACUCCUCAAAUGAGAAAACUGUAGUAUGUGUUUACUGGGAGCUUUGGAAACUUCCAGUAAUAGAUUUUCUAGCUAACUUCAUUACUCCAUGGUCAAGAAACGCAGGGCACAAAAUUGGGAGGUGCUGCUGCUAACAUCUGCAGGAGAUUUGAAGUGCACUCCUGGAUUUCAACAGAAACUAUUUCACAUUGAUCAACCAACUGAAUUCAUUGAAGAUCAGUUCAUUCUAAACUUGAACUUCAGUGACUGUAAAGGAAAUGACAAGCUACACUAUGAGGUUUCAAGCCCAUACUUCAGAGUGAACAAUGAUGGUGGUUUAGUUGCCCUGAGAAACAUAACUGCAGUGGGCAAGACUCUGUUUGUUCAUGCCCGGACUCCCUAUGCAGAAGACAUGGCAGAACUUGUGAUUGUUGGAGGAAAGGACAUCCAGGGCUCCUUGCAGCUUAUGUCACUUAAGAUGAUUCCUUCAAACUCCAUCCAAGAUGAGGCAAAGCAGGAUAUAUUUAAAUUUGCAAGAACAUCUCCUAUACCCAGACAAAAGAGGUCCAUUGUGGUAUCGCCCAUUUUAAUUCCAGAGAAUCAGAGACAACCUUUCCCAAGAGAUGUUGGCAAGGUAGUCGAUAGUGACAGACCAGAAGGGUCCAAGUUCCGGCUCACUGGAAAGGGAGUGGAUCAAGAGCCUAAAGGAAUUUUCAGAAUCAAUGAGAACACAGGAAGUGUCUCUGUGACUCGGACAUUGGACCGAGAAACAAUUGCUACUUAUCAACUGUUUGUGGAGACUACUGAUGGAAAUGGCAGAACUCUCGAGGGGCCAGUCCCUCUAGAAGUCAUUGUGAUUGAUCAGAAUGAUAAUAGACCAAUCUUUCGGGAAGGCCCCUACAUUGGCCAUGUCAUGGAAGGGUCCCCUACAGGAACUACUGUGAUGCGGAUGACAGCCUUUGAUGCAGAUGACCCAGCCACAGAUAAUGCCCUUCUGCGUUAUAAUAUCCGUCAGCAGACACCUGACAAGCCGUCUCCAAAUAUGUUCUACAUCGAUCCUGAAAAAGGAGACAUCGUCACCGUCGUGUCACCUGCACUGUUGGACCGGGAGACUCUGGAAAACCCCAAGUAUGAACUGAUUAUCGAGGCACAAGAUAUGGCUGGAAUAGAUGUUGGAUUGACAGGCACGGCCACAGCGACAAUCAUGAUCGAUGACAAAAAUGAUCAUUCACCAAAGUUCACCAAGAAAGAAUUUCAAGCCACUGUGGAAGAAGGAGCAGUAGGCAUCAUUGUCAACUUGACAGUAGAAGACAAAGACGACCCCACCACAGGCGCAUGGAGGGCUGCCUAUACCAUCAUCAAUGGAAACCAAGGGCAGAGUUUUGAGAUCCACACCAACCCUCAAACCAAUGAGGGCAUGCUCUCAGUUGUCAAACCUCUAGACUAUGAGAUCUCCGCCUUCCACACCCUGCUGAUCAAAGUGGAAAAUGAGGACCCUCUGGUCCCUGAUGUCUCCUACGGCCCCAGCUCCACGGCAACUGUCCACAUCACUGUCUUGGAUGUCAAUGAGGGCCCAGUUUUCUACCCAGACCCCAUGCAAGUGACCAAGAAGGAAAAUAUCUCUGUAGGCAGCGUGCUGCUGACCGUGAAUGCCACAGACCCAGACUCCCUGCAGCACCAAACCAUCAGGUAUUCUGUUUACAAGGACCCAGCAGGCUGGCUGAACAUUAACCCCAUCAAUGGCACUGUGGACACCACAGCCGUGCUGGACCGGGAGUCUCCCUUUGUCCACAAUAGUGUGUACACUGCCCUCUUCUUGGCAAUCGACAGUGGCAAUCCACCUGCCACAGGAACAGGGACAUUGUUGAUAACCUUGGAAGACGUGAAUGAUAAUGCUCCCUUCAUUUACCCCACGGUAGCCGAAGUCUGUGAUGAUGCCAAAAAUCUCAGUGUGGUCAUCUUGGGAGCAACAGAUAAGGACCUGCACCCAAAUACAGAUCCUUUCAAGUUUGAAAUACAUAAACAAACUGUUCCUGAUAAAGUUUGGAAGAUAUCCAAGAUCAACAAUACACAUGCCCUGGUAAGCCUUCUUCAAAACCUGAACAAAGCCAACUACCACCUGCCCAUCAUGGUGACAGAUUCAGGGAAACCACCCAUGACGAACAUCACAGACCUCAGGGUACAAGUGUGUUCCUGCAAGAAUUCCAAAGUGGACUGCAAUGCAGCAGGGGGCCCACACUUCAGCUUGACCUCAGUCUUGCUCAUCUCUCUCUUCAGUCUAGCUUGUCUGUGAGAACUCCUGACAUCUGAAGCUUGACUACCAAGUUUCCAUAGCAACAGGAAAAAAAAAACCCAAAUCUGAAGAUUGCAGUUUACAGCUAUUGAACUUCACAACUAGGCCUCAAUUAUUCCCAGUUUUCCUUUUCUUUGCAGUUUCACUUAGUCUGUACUUCACCACCUUGACAGCACCUUCCUUUCUCCUUUAUUAAUGGAAUCCUCUGAAUUUUCCCUGAAUGUUUAAAGAUCAUGGCAUAUAACUUGACCUUCUGGUAGCAGGAGCAAUGACUACUUUUUCUGAUGUGUUCCCACACAUCCAGCUUUGUCUGUGGGUUAGUAUUUGUAUGAGUAUCUGUAUGUGUAUGCGCAGUAUUUAUAGUGAUGGACAGGAGAAACCUUGUUUAGACAUGUCAUUCUCCUUUGAGAGCUUAAAUAAAGAAAGGGUAGAAGCUCCAGGGUCACCAGCACAGGCUUCUGAACUGAUCUUCUUGACCAAUCCCGUCCAGUCUGAAUGCUAAUAGCACCAACCAGCCAGGUCCCCAGGGAGGGGAGCAAAGAAGGACACAUUUUCUCUUUAGUCUCAGGACUAGAGCCAACUUUCACUGCCAUUGUACGUUAUGAUCAGAGUGAGUGGUGAGGAACAGAGCAGGACAUUUCAUUCUCAAAUGCCAAGAAAAGGGCUGGCAUCUGUAUUUCUUGGGCAUCUGUAUUCGUGUGUGUCCAAACCACAGUCCUGCUGAUCCUUAUGGAAAUGUGGAUUGUAGUAGAGAAUCUCUCCCUCCUUGGUGUAUGUAUGACUGCAAAUGUCAUCCUGGAGAUCACCCAUGCAUAGGGAGAGGUCAGCAGGUAUCAUGUGUAUACACAUACAUGCCCACAUGUAUAGACACACAUUUAUGCACAUACACACUGUUUGUUUCAUAUAUACAUGCAUAAAAUAGAGUAAAUACAGGUAGUUUUAAAAGUACCCUUUUGUGUGACUCGACUACCGUUGUUUGCAAACCUGAAAAUAAAAGAUUCAUUAUGUAUGAAAAGUAAUUGAUUUUUAUUCCGUGAGCAUGUAAAAGAGGGAAAUUAGUGCUUGUAUUAUGAUUAUCUUCUUGUUGAUAAACUGUAAAUGAACCAUCAGAGCUCACACCAAAAUUUCCUAUCAGAUAAAACUAGUGAUAGUCUUGUGGCUUUUAAUUAGAACUUGUCACAAACUAAGAUAAGGUAAGUGUGUCUUAGCAUAUUUUAACACAGUUGCUUACUGAAGGUUUUAACCACACACACACAUGUACACACAUGCUUUCUUAUGCAGUCUAUGUUUGCACCUGUGCUUUUCAAUUCACCUUCUGUAGGAAGUAGAAGUCAUAUGUUGUCUUUAGUGUAGUGAAAUUAUGCAGGUAGCGUACCAUAUGUUGUAUUUGUUUCAAUAGUAAAUCUUUUUGGAGCAUAUAGAAUGCAGAGAUUUUUUUUUCCAUUAAAAUAAAUGGGUAUUGGUGGUGAAA